UAAAAGCGCAAGAGUUAACUUCAGCAGUUGCUUCAAACUGGAUCAAGAGGCCAUCACUGACACUGUUAAAGUUUUUCAACCGUCACAAGAUCAUAAUUUUGUUGAAUGGAGAAGACUUUUACACAACAGAAGUCGUUGUUUCUGUUUCCCUGGAUGGGAAAUCCCAGAGUUGGUUGUCUUUCAAAGAAUAGGAUCUUUUAUAACUCUGGAGAAAACAAGUAAAUCUUCGCUCUAGUGACUUGACUUUUCUUCUCAUCUGGGUUGUUGUGGAGUUUCAAAACUAUCAUAAUGAAGGCCAGGGUUUGGUGGUUGGCUUUGAGUGUUUGCUCACAAGAGAAGAUGGUAUAAUGGAUGUGUUCCCAGGAACUUUGAGGGGAUGGGACUAUGGUAAUGGACCUGACAAUGUGGACUCAGAUCACGUAUUCCUGGGAUAUGAUUUUGCUUCUAAGUUCUCUGAUUCGCACACUAAUGAAGAUCGCAGAUAUUGUGAGAUGACCAUCCGAUUUUAUGUUGAGAAUUUAAAUAAUGAAAGACUAGGUUGUUGCAAUGUGAAAAAGUGUGGAGUUUGGUGUCCAAACUUAGAGUUAACAAGGGAAGAAAAACCAGAGUCCAAGAAAUUGAAAACUGAAAAUUUCUAUGUUGGCGAAUCCAGCUCAAGGUAAAAUACUUAAAGCCUUCCCGAGGUGUUGCUGCAGAUUCAUAAAAAUUCAGAGAUCUAGCGAAUUAGACGCCACAACAAGCCCAAUAUUUGUCAUUUAGCUCCUAGUUGAACUUUCUUUGCUUCUGAUGGUGCGACUACUGAAACUUGCUGUAUUGGUCCAAAGAUAGCAGUUGAUAUGAGUUUGAUUUGACUUGAUUCAUUUAGUUGACAAACCCAGAUGAAGUUUGAUAUUAGAUUCCGGAGUGUGAUCAGGUUCUUUAGCAUGAGCCACUUAGAUUUCAUUUCUCAUGAGUCUAGGCUAGUUUGAUUAUAACUAUAAAAGAUAAUGUUAACUAAUGA